UUUGGAUGGGGGAUAGAUAAUUCACCGUGCAGCGUCAGAGAUACAGAAAUCGCAAGACUAAAACGAGGACUCAAUGUUACAAUGUACCGGAGUCUAGCACGGGAACUUCGCUCGUCCACUCAACAUCUCGGAGACGGCGACGUGACUUUGUGCGGAUAUCAGUUUUUUGCGGCAUAUUGCCUAGCUAAGGACCGGCAUUAUGAUUUCAGGAUUCUAGAAUGGUGUUAUACGUCACUAUGUGGGCAUUUGCAAAGCAAAUAGGUGUAUAUUCAGUGAUCGAAAUUGUGGAUAAACGCCGCAAAACCGAUUAACUUGAUCAGUAUGUAGCAUGAGACGGCGACUUACGCUGCGAU